UCUCUCGGCUUCAUGGCCAGCGCUGCUGACUGCUCUGGCAACCAGUCGAUGUGCCCCAACGGUGUCGAUGGUGUCUCUUCAACCUAUCUCCAGUGCGACAGCUGGAGCGGCACCUGGCAGACACAGAGCUGCGUCACCGGCCAGGUCUGCUACGCCAACCCGAACAAGCCUGGAACCGCCAUGUGUGGAUUCCCUGGCGCCAGCACCCAGAAGAGGAACCAGGCGCCGAACAGCGGCAACACCAAUGCCCGCCAGUGCAAUGGAAAUGAGUCAAAGUGCCCGAACGGAGCUGACGGUGUUUCAGCUACCUACUGGCAAUGCGAUAACUGGAGUGGAACGUGGCAGACACAGACAUGCGCCAAUGGCCAGGUGUGCUAUGCUAAUCCGAACAAGCCUGGCACUACCAUGUGCGGCAUGCCUGGCACUGGUGGCAACGCUGGCGCUGGCCAAUGCGCUGGAAACACUGCCAAGUGCGUCUCUGCUGGCCAGACUGGCGAUUACCUGCAGUGUGAGAGCUGGAGUGGCCAGUUCAAGAACGCUGCUUGCCAAGGCGGUCUCAAGUGCUACAACAACGCUGCUAGCACCGGCGUAUACUGCAACUGAGUAAACACCAGUGCAUGCAUGUACAAAACUUUCUAAAUGUGAACAGUUCUAUGUCUUUUUA